AUGAUACGAAAGUCAAAUAUCCGGGGCUUCGAAAUCCCUGGCCAGCUCGAGCGGCUGAAGGUGCGCUUGUUCGCAGAUGAUACCUCAGCCUUCCUGUCGGAGUUCGAUGAUUACUCGACAUUAGACAGGCUCCUACGCACCUGGUGCAUGGCGGCAAAGGCACGGUUCAAUAUACAGAAGACGGAAAUUAUCCCAGUUGGGUCGGCGAGGUUUCGCGAAGAGUUCAUUGAGGCAUAUAAGGCAACCGGGAGGUGGCGAGAUUACCCACCAAAUGUACGAGUUGCUGUCGAGGGAAGUGUGGUCAGAAUUCUGGGUGCUUUCUUCGGAAAUGGAAUUGACGACUGUGGAGUCUGGGCACCUAUACUUGACAAGAUCCUUGUCGCCCUCGAACGCUGGGGGCGCGCCCACAUUAGCUUAGAGGGAAGGCGCCAUGUUAUACAGUUCACCGCAGCAGGGAUGACACAGUUCUUGGCGGAAGUGCAGGGGAUGCCCGACCGCGUCUUACAGCGGCUGAGAGCUAUCGCAAGGAAUUUCCUAUGGAAAGGAAAUGAGCACCCUACAGUCGCUCUGGAACAGCUGCACCAA